CUGGAGCGGAUCAACGUGUACUACAAUGAGGCGACUGGUGGGCGCUACGUGCCCAGGGCAGUGCUCAUGGACCUGGAGCCCGGCACCAUGGACAGCGUCCGCGCGGGGCCGUUCGGGCAGCUGUUCCGGCCGGACAACUUCGUGUUCGGGCAGACAGGAGCUGGUAACAACUGGGCGAAAGGGCACUACACAGAAGGAGCCGAAUUGAUCGACAGUGUCCUCGACGUUGUCCGCAAGGAGGCCGAGGGGUGCGACUGCUUGCAGGGCUUCCAGAUGUGUCACUCUUUGGGAGGAGGUACUGGCGCUGGGAUGGGAACCCUGCUGAUCUCCAAGGUCCGUGAGGAGUAUCCGGAUCGCAUCAUGGAGACGUUCAGUGUCAUUCCCAGCCCCAAAGUUUCGGAUACUGUCGUGGAGCCGUACAACGCCGUGCUGUCUUUCCACCAGCUCUGGAUCCCGAACAACAUCAAAGCUUCAGUGUGCGACAUUCCUCCCAAGGGGUUGAAGAUGGCGGUGGCCUUUGCAGGCAACUCAACCGCUAUCCAAGAGAUGUUCAAGAGAGUUGCGGAGUACUUCACCGCCAUGUUCCGGCGUAAGGCGUUUCUGCAUUGGUACACCGGGGAGGGCAUGGACGAGAUGGAGUUCACCGAGGCCGAGAGCAACAUGAACGAUUUAGUUUCCGAGUACCAGCAGUACCAGGACGCCACCGCCGAGGAGGAGGGCGAGUUCGACGAGGAGGAGGACGGCGAGCAGUGA